ACUCUAAUUAUUGAUACUCUACUUUGCUUAUGACAACAGCCAAAGAGUCAAUUAAACAUGAAAAACAAAACUUUAUAAAUAGAAAUAACACAUAAAAACAAAACAAUAAAUGUUUUUAUACAAUUAAUUGUGUAUUAUUUUUAACGAUGAUAAUAGCCUAUGUAUAAUACAAAUUCAAUAUUCCUAUUCUUCAAUGCGCUUCAAGACAAGUGUCAUUUGGGGUUUUAAGGCAUUUCAAAAAAAGGGGGGAAUGUUAUAAAGUCAGUAUACAUUAAUAUCUGGGAUGGCUCACACCUGUUUUACGCGAGGGACAAACUGAAGAAUACGGGCCCACUCAAACGCAUCACCCCCUUUGCUCGGCCUGAAAGCAAUUCACUCUGAUGACGUCACUCGCAGAGUUGUCAUGGCGUCUUUGGGACUGAAGCUGCUGCUGCAAUUUAGCUAAAAUCGGUCGACAGUCUGUAAAUCGAAAUGGAGAAAAAUGCAAGCCUGCAUCGAGACACUGACGGGAGCACGCUGUGUGCCACGAUUGCAGGAGAGAUGGGCGAUGUUACGGCUGUCGGUGGAGUAAAAGGAACAGCUGAUCAAUGCAAGAAUAGUGAGGCUGCUCUCAGUAGUUUGGUCAACGUUAGUUGUAAUAACAGCAUCACAAAUGUGAGUGCUCCCGGCGCAGUUAAUGUCAUCUCUAGUGCUGGGAAGUCGGACGUGCUAGAAGUGAUCCAAGUCCUCCCUGUGCAGGAGGAUAAGAAGAAGAAGAGGAGCGAGUCGGGGUCCGGGGAUCAGAUCAGUAACGGGAUGGGGCAUGACUCGGUGCUGGCUGCAAGAGAUAAAGAGGGUGGUGCCUCAAAGUUAGUAAACAACACCUCUGACGGCCCGUCCUCACCUCCCGCUAAGGAGGGCGCAGAUGUGCAUGCUGAAGUGUUGACUCGUGCAGAAAGUGAACCGAUAAAACUUGCCAAACCGACUCAUCUUUGCACGGACAACGCAAUCACGGCGCACGUCAGAUCGGGGCUGCCCGGUGAUCACACCUUAUCGGAGGGAUUGCCGAGUGGGAGUGACCCCGAUCCCAGCCUCGGUGGAGAGUCCCGAAGCAUUGAUUCCCUGGAGUCUUUCUCUAACCUCAACUCCUGCCCCAGCUCCGAUCUGAACAGCGAGGGGCUGGAGGACCGAGGACUGGCCCUGGCGCUGCAGGGCGAGUACGAGGCCGAUGGGACAAAGACAGCCUGUGCGAAGGAACGGGCCGCCGCCGGACAGUCUCUAUACCACAUCAAGUGGAUCAAGUGGAGGGAGGAGAACACGCCGAUCAUCACCCAGAACGAGAACGGCCCUUGUCCAUUACUGGCAAUCAUGAAUGUUCUUCUGCUUGCAUGGAAGGUUAAGAUGCCACCUAUGAUGGAAAUUAUUACUGUUGAGCAACUGAUGGAGUAUCUUGGAGACUACAUUCUGGAAACCAAGCCUAAAGAGAUAUCAGAGGCUCAGCGGCUAAACUAUGAGCAGAACAUGAGUGAUGCCAUGGCGGUGUUGCACAAGCUGCAGACGGGUCUGGAUGUGAACGUGAAGUUCACAGGGGUGCAGGUCUUCGAGUACACCCCAGAAUGCAUUGUGUUUGAUCUGCUCGACAUCCCUCUGUACCACGGCUGGCUGGUUGACCCCCAGAUGCAGGACAUUGUCAAGGCAGUGGGAAACUGCAGCUACAACCAGCUGGUAGAGAAGAUAAUAUCCUGCAAACAGUCAGACAACAGUGAGCUGGCAGGGGAAGGCAUCGUGGCAGAGCAGUUUCUGAGCAGCACAGCCACUCAGCUUACGUACCACGGCUUAUGUGAGCUCACAUCCACCGUACAGGAGGGAGAGCUCUGUGUCUUCUUCAGGAAUAACCACUUCAGCACCAUGAUCAAAUACAAGGGCCAGCUGUACCUCCUAGUCACAGACCAAGGCUUCCUGACGGAGGAGAAGGUCGUCUGGGAGAGUCUGCACAACGUUGACGGAGACGGAAACUUCUGUGACUCUGAGUUCCGGUUGCGGCCUCCGUCGAACCCAGAGACUGUGUACCGAGGCCAGCAGGAUCAGAUAGACCAGGACUAUCUGAUGGCGCUGUCGCUGCAGCAGGAGCAGCAGUGCCAGGAUGUGCAGUGGGACCAGCUGCCCGAGGGCAUCAGUGACCUCGAGCUGGCAAAAAAGCUCCAGGAAGAGGAGGACCGGCGCGCCUCCCAGUACUACCAGGAGCAGGAGCAGGCGGCGGCAGAGGCACAGCAGGACCAGCCAGAUCCGGCCGAGGGAGAGGAGGUGGACAGAGGAGGAGCAGGAGGAGGAGCAGCAGGAGGAGCAGGAGGAGCAGGAGGAGCAGGAGCAGGAGCAGGAGCAGGAGCAGGAGGAGGACCUGGAGGAGGAGCAGCAGCCGGCACUGGGACGGCGGCAGCAGCAGCAGGAGCCACACCCAGCCCGGGAAAACAGACCUCUAAUGUGGAGCGCAAAGCCAAGAAAGAAUCCAAGGAUAAAGACAAAUGUAUGAUUUUGUAACAUACAGUCUGUCUGUAUGAGUGUGAGUUUAGUGCAUUUGCUUUUAUGGGAGAAAGGGGACUGCAUUUGUCUCUCCAUGUACUGGACACUUGGACAAACAAGGGAAGGAGACGUUAUGAGGAGAGAUGCGUAGAGACUAACAGAGGAUUUGCUGUUCCCACACCACUGGUGCCUGCUAUCCUCUAUCCUCAGUGGAACCUGGACACCAGAGGAAGGGACACUACAACUACCCCUUACCUUUCAUACAGUCGGCCAAACUUUGUUACAAGUAGCACAGUGCACUAUAUUUGUGAUGUGGGGUCAAGUUUAUUCGGGGUGGUAUAUUUUAUAGCAAAAGACAUAAUCUGAAGAGACAAAAUGUCACCUUCUCUCCAUUUUACUUUUCCCAAAAAGUUCAAUCAUUUCACUCAUGUGUCAUUGCUGCAGCUUAUAAGCUUUUUUGUACGUAUCAAUCUUUACAAAAUGCGUUUUUUAAGUUGAUGCCAAGAUUCAAUUUUUAUUUAUGUAUCUGUGUAAGAUACUUUUUAUUUUUCUGGAAGCUGAGAUGGAUUUGCUCAUAAUAUUGCCUGUAGGAAUUUGGUGUAACACUAUUUGUGUCCCCUCUGUUAACACUAUGUACCGAAGGGUUCAUUAAUGCCAGAUAGCUGCCAGACUCUGUAGCUACGCAACAAAACUCAUCACAGUUUGCUCUGUUCAGAUUUGCCUUACCAGAGUAUGGCAAUGUUUUAUUCUGAACGUGAGUGUGUUUGUUUUGUGUGUAUUGUAUGUACAGUUGACUUGUGGUAAACACAUUUACUGAACAUCGCUGACGCUGAAGUUUAGGUUUGGAAUUAGACAAAUCUUUUUACGCCGUAAAAGUUCAGAAAAGGAUUUGUCUUUCCUUUUAUGUUGUGAUUUUAUUUUACCAAAUGUAUGUUGAGGCAGUCAAACUGAAAAGAACGUUUCUGGUUUAAGUUG